AUGCACUCUCGCUUCACACUCAUUGUCAGCCUCUUGGCCAUUGCUACGACCGUUGCGACCGCCGACACAAACUGCACCAGUUGGAUGCUGUCCAAGCAGCUGUCGGUGCCCCCUUGCCCCCGGCCAGCGCGACUGCUGCUGAAGAAUUCCAGCGUCUUGUGCCUUCCGCCGUGUAUCGCAGCUAUCACGGCCGUGGCUGCGUCCCAGUCCAGCAUUCAAGAUGGGAAGGCCCUAAUGACGAGUCCGAAUGGACAGACCAGUGCCGAACGGGGGGAACUACCCCUCCUCACCGAGGUAAACAACAACAUCCGGUUCAAACGCCGCUACCAUGAUGCCGCCCCUAUGGGCCAUGAUCGAUGCAUCCGUGCCCGCAGGGCUCACCUUGCAGCCAAGACGCUCCAAUGGCACUCACGAAGGAUCUCCUCACUACCCUCCGCCCUCUCCCCUCGCGUAGGCUACGCCGACCCUCCACUUCGGCCACCACGCCUGCCUCCGGACCCAGGGAUACCUCCUCCAGCGGCCUAA